GACGUGAUUGUUCAUCGUCUCCACAUCCACCAUGACAGACACAGAACAGAACGAGAGCACAGGCUUCGUCGUCCCGACCAAGCACAUCCUCAGCAAAGCGCACUUGGAGGCGUUUGCGUGCUCGCCCGCGCACGCCGCGAUCAUGGGUUUCAUCGACGGCCUGAACGCCGCCAUCGUUGGGCGCAAGCUGUCCGAAGCCGGCGAGGGGAACGAGCGCACGCAGGCCGUGAUGGACAUUCUGGAGCAGGUGCUCGACAUUGCCAAGGCGACGCCGCCCGUCGACAACAAGCUCAGCCGGUUCGGGAAUCCCGCGUUCAAGACGUUCUACGACCGCGUCGCGGCCGCGAGCGACGCGAUGCACGCCAGCAUCCCAGGCUUGCCGGCAGAGGCGAUACCGGAGGUCCAAACGUAUUUCCAGCACAGCUGGGGGAAUAGAGAGCGUGUCGACUAUGGAUCAGGGCACGAGCUCAACUUCCUCUGCUGGCUACUGUCUCUCACAAAGCUGGGCGUGUUCCACGAGGAGGACUACACGUACCUUGUGCUCGGCAUUUUCUGGCGGUACAUCCUCGUCAUGCGCUACCUCCAGUCUACGUACUGGCUCGAGCCGGCGGGCUCGCACGGCGUGUGGGGCUUGGACGACUACCAGUUCCUGCCGUUCUUGUGGGGUGCGGGGCAGCUGAAGACGCACAAACACCUGCGUCCAAAGGCGAUCCACGACCCCGAGAUUCUCGACGCGUUCGCCAGCGAGUAUAUGUAUCUCUCGUGCAUCGCCUUUAUCAACUCGAUAAAGACGGCGAGCUUGCGGUGGCAUUCGCCCAUGCUCGACGACAUCAGCGCCGUCAAGACGUGGGACAAGGUCAACUCGGGUAUGCGCAAGAUGUAUGCCGCCGAGGUGCUGGGCAAGCUGCCUGUCAUGCAGCACGCGCUUUUCGGAAGCCUCAUCCCGUUCCCGUCGCCUGACGACGACCCCGAGCUUAAGGCUGCGCUGGAGGAGCAGCCGUUGGCGCAGCCUGACGCUCACGGGCACAUUCACGAGGAUAAGGGCUGGGCCAUGGACUGCUGUGGCAUCCCCGUGCCAAGUGCAUUUGCCGAAGCGCAGGCGCACGGCGCGAAGCCGCCCGUGUUCACACAGGGCAUCAAGCCGAUUCCAUUUGACUAGAUAUUGCAGGCUGUGCCAUAAAAAUGUAUGUAAUAUAGUUUACAAC